GUGCAGCCGUCAAGAGCUUCCAUAUGUAUGCAUAGAAGUGAGAGAGAGAGAGAGAGAGAGAGGAAAGUACUACUGCAGGUGGGUUUAAUUAAUUAAUUGUUCGAAAGCGUCCCUUUUGGAGCACUGAUGGGUGCUUCCGCAGAACCCUCGUCCCUUCUUGCCCACGAGUUGCAGCGCUUGUCAAGAGACGGGGGAAGAAGCAUUUAUAAUCGCAGCAGAGCGGACACUGCCGCCAUGAUCACGACGAGAAGCAGCAGAAGCGGCAUCGUGAUGAUGGGGAGCAAGAAGAAGUGUGGAAGAUUAAUCCGGACGACGAAGAGGAGGCGGCGCAUGAUUAAUAUGAAUGGAAUAUUCGAGAAAAGGGUGAGAAGAUUGAGGACACUUGUUCCAAAGAAGAGGGAUGAACAUGAUGAUGAUGAGGAGGAGGAGGAGGAGGGGCUUGCCCUUGCAGGGCUGUUUGGAGAGACUGCGGAAUACAUCAUGUGUCUGCAAAUGAAAGUGAAGCUCAUGCAGGCCAUGGUAAACCUACUUUCAAGUUGUGAUGGAUGAUGAUGAGCAUUGAUUCUUGUUUCUUAUUCAUUUGUAAAUUAAGGUUGAUUCUGUCUGCCUGCCUGUCUGUCUGUCUGUCUGUCACUAGAAUUAUUGUGGGAUGAUAAUAGCUGGACAUUAAUCCAGACAAUUCUAGAUAGAUUCUAUCCAAAUAAAUUUAUUGUAAUCCAGAUUAAAAUAAGAAUAA